AUGGUCAUAUUAGCCCUGCACCCCCUCGCAUCGGUCGUGGGGUUACGCUCCCAUUUUUUAAACGGUUUAUAUCUCCUUUCGCUUGAUUUCUCUCUCUCCCUCUCUCUCUUUCUCUAUUUUUUUCUCGUUCUCUUUUCUUUCUCUCUCUUUUCUAUCCCUCUCUCUACUUUCUUUCCUCAUCUUUUCUUUCACUUUCUCUUUUCACCCCUCUUUUCUCUCUUUAUUCUUUCUCUACCCUCUCCGCUCUUUUACUCUAUUGCUCUUUUCCUCUCUCUCAAUUUUCCUUUCUCUUUCUUGCUAUCCCAAUCUCUUUUGCUCUCUCUCACUCGAUUCAUUCAUAUUUAUCUAUCUUAUGGCUUUUAUUCUCUUUUCUUUUUAUCUAUUUCAAUGUCGCCACUUCCUUUUGAAUUCCUCCGCCUAGUCAUUGCUAUGAAAAAUGAAUCUCUCUCCUCCUCUUUCUGCCUUCUUUCUCUCCGCUUUCUCCGCUCUCUCUCCCCUCUCUAUAAUCCCCGACUCUAUCUCCCCCGCCCCUCUCUCUCUCUCUCUUUCGUUCCCUCUCUCUCUCAUCCACCUUCCCUCGUAAACCCUCCUCUCCCGCCCCCUCCUCUCUCUCUCUGA